UAGUAAAGUAUGUCCUGUUCUUUAGAUUAUACAAAACGGCACCCAACUUGAACGCCUGCCUUAUGGAUCUUUAUGUUGAGAAAAUGCGGUAUAAGUCUGUAAACUGUAUGUCUCGAUCUUAUCGUCCUCGGGUACCUGUUCCGUACAUUGCUCAGGUGGUGGGCUUCAACAGUGGUAUGCCUAUUAAUGAAGGAAGUGAUGAGAAAGACUCGGAUGGAUUGGAGGAAUGCGUUGAGUGGUUAAAGGCACAUGGUGCAUGUCUUGUUGCAGAUAGUAAUGGAGAGAUGCAGCUCGAUUCUCAGGUAACAUUAAUCUCAUCUAGACAACGAACAUGUCUGAUCAUAUUAGUUGUUGUAUGAUUAGCAAUAUCCCAUCUUAAUACAAUCAUUAGAACCUCAGGUUGUUUAAUUGGCCCGAUGAUCCGACCUUUAAUUAAUGCUCUAAUUAAGAACGAUGACAAAACUCUGCUCUUGUAACAAAUAUUCACUUCAU